CUUGGGUCUAGAGGUGCUGAGCACCUACAAUUCUGCUUGAAGUUGACCAUUCUCAGAAUUGGACUGUUAGCUCCAUGGGGAGGGACCCUGCUGUCAUAUUGGUACAGCUCAAUGUGUGUUAAUGUGCAAGUGACUCUCCGUUUCUGUAGACCAGCAAUCACAAGUGGGGAACAGUCAAACCAGUUUCUCAGGCUCCGUUUCCUGCGCUCAAUUUUUGCGGUAUGAAAAGACCAUUUCUCUCUCUGAUGUCCGUCCUUAACUUUUUUUCCCCUGACUUCUAUAUCUUCAGUGAACGUUGUGGAAGCUCUUCAGGAGUUCUGGCAGAUGAAGCAGUCACGCGGUGCUGAUCUGAAAAACGGAGCCCUGGUGGUGUAUGAGAUGGUCCCUUCCAACAGCCCCCCUUAUGUCUGCUAUGUCACCUUGCCUGGGGGGAGCUGCUUUGGCAGCUUCCAGUUCUGUCCGACCAAGGCUGAAGCCAGGAGGAGCGCUGCGAAGAUUGCACUAAUGAAUUCUGUCUUUAACGAGCACCCCUCCCGGAGGAUCACAGAUGAGUUCAUUGAGAAGAGUGUCUCGGAAGCCUUGGCAUCUUUCAACGGUAAUCGAGAAGAAGCCGAUAACCCGAACACUGGAAUUGGUGCUUUCCGUUUCAUGCUGGAAUCCAACAAGGGAAAAUCAAUGUUAGAGUUUCAGGAGCUGAUGACCGUCUUCCAGCUGUUGCAUUGGAAUGGCAGCCUCAAAGCCAUGCGAGAGAGGCAGUGCUCACGGCAGGAGGUGCUGGCUCACUAUUCGCACCGUGCUCUGGAUGACGACAUAAGAAACCAGAUGGCCAUGGACUGGGUGAACAGGGAGCAGGGCACCCCAGGAGCCCUUUCCAGAGAGCUGUCCUCGACAGAGAGGGAGCUGGAUGAAGCCCGACUGGCUGGGAAAGAGCUGCGUUUCCACAAGGAGAAGAAAGACAUCCUGAUGCUGGCGGCUGGCCAGCUGGGGAGCAUGCACUCCUCCAACUGCUAGACUCUGCACGCAAACUGUUCAGCUUCCCCAUGCCGACUAACAAUUCCACAUUGAAGGGAUCUGUACCGUAUCACUUCGGGCAUAUAGCUGCCUCUUUUUCCAGAGUCGUGGCCCAUUUGCACAUUUUUUUAAAGAUGUUUUUAAAAGUUUCUGUACAGAUUUUUACACUUAGUACUUAGCCUUUAGGUUACUUUUCAGCUUUCUAUCUGCUAAAGAAUUCCUUCUCUUUAAAAGUGCAUUUAAAAAAAAAAAAUGCAGCCUUUCAGUGUUAACACUACUCUAAAGACCUCCGUUCAACCCAGGUACUGUACAGAUGACCGUAUUCAAUGGAAAUGUAGCAUUUCCCCAGGGAGAUCUGGAUUUGAAGAGAUCCAGAUGGCAUGUUACGCAAAACUGCCUUUCCUUCUGCUUUUGCAGUCUGAGGGGUUUGGUCAAACCCCUCUUUUUGAAAAGCACAGCGUUUAGCAAUAUGUUCUGCUCCUUUGUACUAGAAUCCGUGCUCCAAUGGAGAGCACCUCAAAGCACAUGCAUGGAGUUUCGGAUCUGAGAUUUUGAUUUGCUCCAGUAUAGAAAUAUGGGGUCAGUCUGCAAAAUUGCCAUCUGCAUCUGAGAUCAGAUUUAAAACUCCACAAAGUGUGACAGGAUGGGAUGUUUGGAUCUGUUUUUAGCUUCGAUCUUUUCUCUCUUGUACAGAAAGAGAGUCAGCUGGUGACGUGUUCAAACUGCUUCCUUAAUACCAAAUUACAAGACUCUGGGGGUUAAGGGAUUGGCUUUGGUAUUAAGGAAUUGGGCUCAGCUUUUUAAUUACGUCUGUACUAGAGAGAGCUCUGCAAUCCCCCCUCUUGAAUCCCCUUUGAACUUUUAUGGGAUUUGACCCUAGCCCUGCAGGAGCGGAUGAGCUUGGAAUGGGCUGACUAGUAGGUGGUGCUAUGAAGUGGACAGUACACUUUCCUAGAAGUCAAGCAUCUUCAUAAGUUACUUAGUCUCACCUCGCCUGGGCUGGGGACACCAGAGUUCUGAGGCUAUCCUACCGCUGUUUGGUGUCAUGCUAUUGUCUCCAUGCUAGCAACCUGGCUUUGGGUUGCUUUUGAACACAAUGUCGGACUAAACCUUUUUCAGGAAGACCUAAUAAACACUUGCCAGAUAUUUAGAACUGGCUAAAGGAAACGUUGGGGGAACUGAUCCAGGUGUAUCACCAAAGGCCCUGUGUUUACUACCUUGUUGACCAGAACUGUAUUAACCUCUUGAAGCAGAAUCUGGAUCCAGCUGGUCCCCAGCAGUGGAAGGUCAGAUCUGGAUCCAAACCCUAUGGUUCAGCCUCAGCUACACUUGGUUUCUUUUGGCCGGCGUAGAGAGGUCUGAACCAAGUUCUAAACAGGGCUGCACCUAGUCUAUAGCACACUAACUUGUUUAUAAUGGGGGGAGGGAUAGCUCAGUGGUUUGAGCAUUGGCCUACUAAACCCAGGGUUGUGAGUUCAGUUCUUG